AUGCCUUCCUUCACUGUCUUCAAGGGCCACGAGUCCGGCAACCCCGUCAAAAGCACCACCACCAAACCAGACGACCUCACAGAAGACUACGUCCUCAUCCGCGUAACAGCCUCCGGCCUCUGCGGCACAGACCUGCACUUCCGCCACGCGAACAUCGUCCUCGGCCACGAAGGCGUCGGCGUCGUCGAGUCCCUGGGCCCCGCCACACGGCACCUAAAGAAAGGCGACCGCGUCGGCUGGGGCUACGAAACCGACAGCUGCGGCCACUGCACCGAGUGUCUCCAGGGAACAGAGACCUUCUGCCCGGAACGCCAAAUGUACUCGGAGAAGAACACGGACCAGGGCUCCUUCGCCUCCCACGCCAUCUGGCGCGAGGCCUUCCUGCACAAGAUCCCCGACGCACUCAGCGACGCCGCCGCCGCACCACUGCAAUGCGGUGGCGCGACGGUCUUCGCGGCGCUGGACGGCGUCAAGCCAACCGAUACCGUCGGCAUCCUGGGCGUCGGCGGCCUAGGACAUCUAGCGAUCCAAUUCGCGGCUAAGAUGGGCUGCCGCGUCGUGGUGUUAUCAAGUUCCGACCGCAAGAAGGACGAAGCGCUACGCUUGGGCGCACACGAGUUCAUCGCAACGAAAGACGCAUCAAAGCUUGAUAUCAGCACGCCCCUAAACCGCCUGCUGGUCACCGCCGCCGUCCCGCCAUCGUGGGACAUCCUCGUCCCGAUCCUCGCGCCCCGGGCGCACAUCUACCCGAUCACCGUGAGCCCGGGGACGUUCUCGAUCCCGUACAUGACGCUCAUCCAGACCGGUGUGAAGAUCAUUGGGGCGAAUGUGCCGCCGCGCGCGCUGCACAGGCGUAUGCUGGAGUUUGCGGCGCUGCAUGGGAUCGCCCCGUUGGUUGAGGAGUUUCCGAUGAGUGAGGAGGGGAUUCUGGAGGCGAUGGGGAGACUUGAGAGGGGGGAGGUGCGGUAUAGGGCUGUUUUGAUUCCGGAGAAUUAG